AAUUAUGUCCGGGUCAAAUCGUAAUUUGACUGGGCUAAUAGAUUAGAACAUCUUUAGCUGAGCUUAAAUUUACAAGCAGCAAACACUAAUAUACUAAUAUUAGAUUCGGACUCAGCGACCUUUUUUUUUUUUUUUUUUUAAUUAAAAGCUGAGUACUUAAGUAAGUAACAAUUUUUUUUUCAAUUUUUUUUUCAGAAUAAAACUUUUGGUUAGCUGAUCGAGUCGAAAUUUCGGCAAAAGGGAGUUUGAAAGGAAGUUUUCCGGUACGACGAAUUGAUUCUCGCAGUCAAAAUCUCAACGAAUUCAUCUGUUCUCUUGAAAAUGCCUGAUUUUUGAUUGGAGGCAGGGAUUUCCAGCCAGCCAAUAGCUGAAAGCCAAUAGCCAAUAGCCGAUGCAAGCCAAUGGUAUUUAAGCCAAUAGCCAAAAGCUAGCUUAAUGAAAAUUUUCCAGCCAAUAGCUAAUAGCCAAAAGCCAAUGAACUUGAAAUAAUUUUCAAAUUUUUCAAUUUUUUUAAAAAAAAUUUUUCAUAUUUUAUUUUUUUUUCACUUACAACUCACGUCUUAAACUCACUGAUACCAAAGAAAUGAAAUUGUCCCUUUUAACAAUCAUCUACGCAUCAUAAUGAGUAUUUUGAGGGGUCACAUGCAUUUUUGUUUUUGUAACUAAGCCAAAAGCCAGCCAAUCGUCAGCCGAUGAAAUUUUGCCAGCCAAUAGCCAGCUUUAUUUAAGCCAAUGAAAAUCAAGCUAAAAGCUGAUAGCCAAAAGCCAAUCAAUGAUUGGCUGGAAAUCCCUGAAUUUGGAGGUUUCAGGCAAAAAUUCGUCUACGAAAGUAGGUAUUUUUAAAUUACGUUUUAUCUUCAAUUCGAGGCCACUAUAAGCAUGUAAAUGAGCUCGAAAUUGAGCGUUAUUGGUUCUUCACUUUGUAAUUUUUUUUUCCUAUAAAAUGAAUCUUUUUUGAAAUUUUGAAUUGAUGAGCGUCGAGCACCGAAAACUGACCAUGGAUUUGAAAGAAAUCUUGAAUUGGUUAGAAAACUUCUUCAUCUCGAUUUUAUUAGGAACUGAAACGCGUCAGUUGUAUUUUGAAAUCAAAGACAGAUGAAGUAGCACGAGAUUACGCUACGAUCUACCUGUAAGAUAUUUUGUAAAUCAUAAUUCAUUACUCAAACUGCAUCGAGGUGAAUAAAAAUGUAGAAAUUUUUCACGCAAUGCUUUUACAUGUGUAGGUGAAAUCUUUUUGUAUUACUUUGCAUGAUGCAUUUCUUCACCGUCCGCAUCUUAUAAGCAAUAGAAUAGGUAAAGGUAUGAAAAAGCCCAAGAGCAAUCAGUUAAGCACGUCUAUUCACCGGUAUUCGCAUCGAGACAAAUUUUAAAAUCAUUUUUUUUAUCGGAACGUUUUGACGCAAAGUAUUCCAAAAGAUGUAUUGGUUGUGAUUAUAAUAACUCAAUCGAAUCUUUUAUAAUUUAAACGGUUAUUGUUCAUAAUUGAAUACCUAGUACGUACAGAAGUACCAUACUUAAUUUCUUGAAUAAAAAUGAAGUGUAAUUUUCUUUUUAUUUAUGCGUUGUUUUUCAAAAUCAUCGCUGCACAAGAAUCUCCACAACUAAACCAGUCCGCUCAAAACACUCCAUCUAAUCAAACACCACGUCUCACAACAACCACUCCAAUAUCUCUGACCACAUCACCAGCAUCUCAACCUGCGACUAAAUCAAAACCUACACCUCUUCCCGCAAGAGUAUACGAUAAAACAGAAGGAAUGACUAUCGAAGAUAUAAUACUCUCGGAGAUCAACGCGAACAUCAAGAUAGAAGAAAAUAUAGUAAACACUAUACUGAAAUAUUCAUUAAAUUAUAGUUCUUUUCGAGCCGUGCAUUUCACCACCUAUGAUUACCUGUUUGAAAAGAAGAUCAUUGAAAUUGAUCUUGGUGAAGUAGGCAAAAUUUUAUUCGAUAAUUUCAUGAUAAAUAGCUCGUACGCGGAUGAUCACGACAGUCCUAAGUUUUCAACACUUAUACAGUGUAAUGCAACUGGAAAUACUACCAUCCAUGUCAUCUUGCCUGAUAUCAGUGUAUCAUUCAAUGCAACUAUAACACCUACAGAACCAGAAAUACUUUCAUCUAGAGGAGCAGUCUGGGGUAUUUUGAGAAAUGGCACUUUGAUAGGCCAAAUGGGAAUGGAUGAAAAUAACACCGCCUCGAAUCAAGUCACGUUCGCCAAAAUAUCUAAUGAAAUAUCCGAGUUCGGCCUACACAUAGACCCAGAAUACCACGAACUAAUUUACACCAAGUUACCCGAAGUUAUCGCAGAAAUAAAACAUUCUUUAGAGAAAUUCUUCGCAGCUCAGCUCAAUCUACAAGUGCAACUUAUCAUGAACGUGACAACUCGUUGCUCGAAAGUUCAAGACACCGAAGACCAAACAAUCAGCGAAAUAUACGUAAUACCCGAUAUAAAUAACGAUUCGUGGAAUACCGUAGAUCUAGCCGUCGGUCCGGCCAUAAUCGAGAAUCUUACGCAUUUCAGCCAGAUCGAUUUCCAAAUUUGGGACGUCUCUUUUCAAAACUUUCAAAAUUUACCCUGCAGAAAUGAAUUAUCAUUUCGAUUCAUUACCGACUUGUUACAUGGUAAAAUGAAAUGGAGUUAUAAUUCCACGCAACAUAAUAGUCCUUCGUUGACGUAUUCGUUUAGUGUAGGUUAUUUUGAAAUUCGAUGCGAAAUGAAGCCUGUAUUGGAGCCCGAAAAUAUAGGGCUUAAUUUGGUUAAAACGUCCGUUCAAGUUAAUUUAGGACAAGUACGUGUCGUUACGUCUGAACAAAAUCAAGACGAAGAAGAAAAGAAUUUCAUCGAUAGUAUUCUUUCUGAUUACCUUGAACUUCUGAUUAAACAUUGGCUUCAUAAAUCUGUGACUGAGAAAGUUCUGCCGAAAAUUUCUUAUUUUGAUUGUCUUACUGGUGUGCCACAAUCGACUUGAUAAAAAAUAAUAUGCAUUACUUUUAUGAACAUUGAUGAAUUGUGUGAAUUGUGUUUUUCAUCAAAAUUGUAUUAUUGUUAUUGUAGCAAUAGUUCGUUAACUUCUAUCAAUUUGUGGUUCCUUUUGUGUAAUAUCAAGUACCUAUCUAUUUUAUUAUUGAAUGACUAUCACUGUUUACAUUUAUGCCUUCCCAUGAAUAUUUGUAUUACUUCGUUGAAUGUGAAUUAUGUAAUUUGUUAGCUAUUUUUUCUUCAUUCUGAUAGCCUCUAUGAUUGUUGUAUAGACAAAUAUUGUUAAUGAUUUGCAGUAACCAAAGUUAAAGAACAAUUUUAUACCAUGGAGAACACGAAUUUGUUUGAAGGUGUCAGAGAAGUUGCCUACUUUCAAGGCAUAAAAAUCGCUCGAAACUUGGAAAUUUUUAAUCAAAAUUUCAUUUUUAAUAAUGACAUCCUUGAAAUAGUUAAAAUUAUAACCAGCUGUCUGAAAUGAGAAUAAUCCGCAUUAAAAAAUAUUAAAGUGCAA